GGCCGCAGGAAGCAAAUGGGGGAAAUGAUAGAACUGGAUAAAUUACAGAAUGAAGAAAACAUUUUCAGACACCAAGAAGAAGAAUAUCUACUCAUCUGGACCGCAAAGAACCAGCAGAACAAGCCUAAAGCGACUGAAAUCAGUUUUUCAGCUAAAAACUACAACUCCCAGCAGCGCUCGUCAUCAUGUGACCGGAGUGUGUUUGGUCACGUGACCCCGCCGCCGUCAUGUGAGUGGUCGGUUUCGGUUUUUCGCAGUGUCACAGGCUGAACUGAUUAUACUCUGAUAACUUUUGGUUUCUGGUCCAAAGCGGCUCCCGGUUCUGCUGACACGGGACCGAACGGCUCAGAGUUCGGCCUCGGAACCGCGUCCAUCACGGCCCGCCGGGUUAUCGGACCGGGAAGCGGCUCCCCCGCAGGCCUCGCUGUUCACCGAGCGAGCAUCGGCGCUCACGCCGCUGUUGGGUGGGUCCAGGUCGGCUACGGCGGCGGCAUGGAGCCGGGGCACCGCUAGCUUGGUGCUGGUUCUGGGAGAUGAGAAGAACCGUUUCCUCCGAGCCGUUUCCGGUCCAGGAGGUCGGAUGUCAGGAUGAACGGAACUCAGCAGAAUGAUGCGAAGAGACAGAACCUCCUCGAGAGGCUGCUGGACGCCGUCAAACAGUGCCAAAUCCGCUUUGGAGGAAGAAAAGAGAUCGCCACGGACUCAGACAGCAGGGUGAUCUGCCUGUGCGCUCAGUUCGAGGCGGUGCUGCAGCACGGCCUGAGGAAGAGCAAAGGCCUGGCGCUGACCGCUGCAGCGCUGAAGCAGGCUGCCGGCUUCAGCAGCAAGACGGAAGCAGAGCUGACCUUCUGGCUGAAUGUGAAGGAGCAGCUGAACCGCCAUGAGCUGCAGCGGUUCUACUCGCUGCGCCACAUCUCGUCCGAACUGGGCCGGGGCCGGGCCUGGCUUCGCUGCGCCCUGAACGAACACUCGCUGGAGCGCUACCUGCACACGCUGCUGGCUGACCGCCCGCGGCUCAGAACCUUCUAUGAAGACUGGGCUUUUGUUCUGGACGAGGAGAGAGCAAGUAUGCUGCCAACCAUGGCUGCAGGUUUGAACUCCAUCCUGUUCGCCAUCAACAUCGAUAACAGCGACCUGAACGGCGCCGCGCCGCGCGGCGGCGGCUCGUCCGUCUCCAGCCUGCUGAAGGAAUCCACGCAGGGCAUCGGCAGCCUGCUGAAGGAAUCCACCCAGGGCGUCAGCUCCCUGCUGCGGGAGAUCAGCACCGCCACCGCCGUGGUGCCCGGCUUCACCCCGAAGCCCGACGCCUCCGACCCGCUGCCCGUCCUGCCCCGCAGCGCCUCUGCUGACUCGGGGCUGAGGAAGGAGCGACGGAGGAGGAAGAAAAUCACCAACAUCAUUUCCUUCGACGACGACCUGGACGGCGGGGCUGAGGAUGAGGAGGACGGCGAUGAAGAGGCGAAGGCGAGGAGUCGCCGCGGCGCUCCGGCCCAGAGCAGCGUGGAGGAAGGCAUCAACCCGCUGCAGCCGCCGCUGUCCGGGUCUCCGGCCCAGAACGGCGUCCCAGAGCCGGGGGACGCGGGCUGGGUCGGGUCGCCGCGGCCCGGCCACACGGCGCCCCCCGCUGGGCCGCCACUCCCUGACAGCCAGAGCGCAGAGAACGAGGAGGAGGAGGACGACGAAGAGGAGACGAGGAAACCCCGAACUGAAAUCCAGGACAGACUGGCCUCUGAUCAGCUGGUGGUGGGCAGCCUGUCCAGUGUUUCCACCUGGAGUCCGGUCCAAACCAUCACCGACCAGACCAGCGCCGACAUCCUGAUUCCUGUGACCCCAGCGGACCCUGAUCCAGUGAGUUCUGUGGAGGAGCCAGCCGGGUUCCCCGCCCCGUGCCGCUCCACCGGGUCGGCAGAGAACUGUGAGAGCGGCAGAACCCAGCUCGCCUUCAGCAUGGAGUCCAGUCCGCCGGUCCGGUCCGGUCCGCUGUCUGCCGGGCUGCCAGACUCCAUGACGGUCGUGGAGCUGCGUCAAGCCAUCGUAGCCAUGAUGAACAGGAAGGACGAGCUGGUGGAGGAGAACACGUCGCUGCGCAGCCUGCUGGACGGCGAGAUGGAGCACUCAGCCGGCCUGAGGCAGGAAACCGAGCUGCUCAAGAAGAAGCUGGCAGAGCUGGAGGAGCGGCACGGGGCCAAGGUCCAGGCGCUAGCCAGGGAGAACGAAGUCCUGAAGGUCCAGCUGAAGAAGUAUGUCGGCGCCGUUCAGAUGCUCAAGAGAGAAGGGAGCCAAGGCAAUGACGUCUGUGUUUCACACAGGAAGGUUAUUGUUGGUGCACCACCUCCAGCCUCCAUUUCCUGUGUAAAUAGUCAGCUUCUCUGCAAAAAUAGAAAAGAAAAAGUAAAUCCUAAUGUCAGCGUCCACAUUUCUGAUGAAGCUCCUGAAUCUGGAAAAAGAUGAACUCUGCUCCAAGAACCUGAAGAAAAGAUUAAAAACUACAAAUAUAUUUAUUGUCCAGCUCA